AUGGACACUGAAAGAACUCCAGAGGAAUUUGUUCGGAGCAUUGACCCUGGACUCCUUCCAUACAAGGAAGAAUUGUUUUGUCUUUCUGUUACCAGCAAAGAGACCCUUAAAUACCUUAGGCCGAGCGAAGUGCAGACAAUGAACAUUCCCGUCGUGUUUAAACGCAUGUUGAUUGAGCGCAUAUGUAACAUGCAGACUCCGGACACCAAGAAAAAAUUUAAAGCUGAAUCUGAAGGCCACGAGGUUGUUUCCACUGAAAAUAUAAUUGAUGUUGCAUCUACAAGUAAGUUCAAAAGGUAUCCUAAAAGAUUAUUCGGUGUUGAAGACGAAAACAGCAUCAAUGAUAGUAAGCCUGCUAACCAUGCCCAUGAUGUUUUCGCUGAAAAAUACGAAGAUCAGAAGCCGUUUCUCGAGAAGGAGAUGGAGAAAUUAAAAGACGAACGGGAUUCAUUAACAAUCUUGAUGUUACACAAAAAGAAUGAACUUAAAGAUAUGAGAAUGGUACCUGAACCAUUACAACCUAUGGCCAUACCUGGUGGAGUUAUUUUGAAAACAGUCUGUGACAAGUGUCAUCGCCGCGGACACAAGGCACAUGGAAAUCGCGGCAAUCAGGCGUGUCCAUUUGACAAGUGUGAGGGAUACAUUAAUUGCGGCAACUUAACAAAGCAUAAAGACUACAAACAGUCCAUUAUGGAGGCAGAAAAGGAGGUAUCAAACCUGGAGAAGGAAAUAAAGUCUAAUGAAGAAAAAAUCACAAAUCUACAGGCUUUCCUACAGCACAACACAACUAACUUUGUAAAAAUGCUGAAGCCAAGGCUUCAGUUUGCUUUCCAAAAUAAAUAUGUUGGCAAAGAUGGUCAUCAAGCACUACAAAAGGAUUUGAGGUUUAUAAAAAUUGCGACCAGUGGAAAAAUUCCUGCCAAUCUCUCUACAAUGAAUUCCAAAGAUCUGGAGGGUCUUUUGAAUGCUGGAAAAAAGAUGGUAUCUGCAAAGUUCAAUUUAGAGCAAGAAGAUUUAUCUUCAGGAGCAAGGGAGAGAACUGCACUCUCCAUUUCUGUCAGCACCAGUACUGGUACUGCAACAUGUACAAAUAUAAACAGUAUACCAACAUACAGUUCUUACCAAGUACCUACAAUGUCAGUUCUGCCAACAGAUGGUAACUCAAUGUACCAAGUCUGGCCAGGGAUGUAUCCUGGAGGAAUGUAUCCUUACAAUUACCACCAGAAUCACAUCAGCUACAAUAGUCAUGCUUCUGCAGGCAUGUGGUUUGGCAGUCCUUCACCAAGUGUACCUACCACUUGUACAGUUUCAACUCCACCACAAGUGCCAGUCCUCCAAGGACAAGACAUUUUCCCUCCAUUACCAUUGGAUCCACCUCAAACUCCUCGCCCACCUUCCCCUGAGUGA